AUGAACAGCCACACCCACACAGCGAUGGAGUGGAAGGACACCAGUCCAGCAGGACCAGACUGCCUGCUGCCGAGCUACAUGACCGACCCGUUCCCUGCGGAUCCCUUGGUCGAUGACUGCACCGGCACCAACGAGGGCUCCCGUGCAGGGUUCGAAAGGCGUGGCCUGUCGGUGGACGUGGGCUCGCCUCAGGAGGAGGGGAAGCCGAUGCCGGCGACGCCGCAGUUCGGCCAGAGGUCCGGUUCCAGCAGCAGUUUGUCUGAGAGGAUGCAGGCCAGAGCUGGCUUCAGCGUCGCCAAGCUCAGCAUGCCGUGCGUCACUCCGGCCGCAGCUGACAGCGAACACUCAGGAGGAGCUCAGUCCCCUUACCUGACCAUCCCACCCGGUCUGAGCCCGGCGUCGCUGCUUGAGUCACCAGUGUUCCUCUCCAAUGCCAUGGGCCAGGCCUCGCCAACCACGGGGAAGUUAUUCAUGCUCGGUGAUUCCAAUAACAACAAUCUUGCUAGAUUUGAAGCUCCGUCAAUUGAAGAUGGUCCUGGUACAUUCUGUUUCAAGCCUUUGGACCUAAAAUCAUCACAAUACGCAGCUGAAGGAAACAAGGAAUUUUUGCCCAACAGUCAACAUCCAUCACUACCAAGCAGAGAUGUUCCUGUGAAGACUGAAACCAACAUUCAGGCAGCACGAGAACGCAAUUCGCUAGGCCAUAUGAACCAAGGGCAGUUCAACAAUGGGCAGGACCUCAUGAGGAGCAGCUACCAUGACUCCAACAACAAGCGCAAUCGCCUCGCACUUGACAGCACCGUCGACAACAACAACGGGCCACCUCCCGAUCACGGCCCACCGGCUGCAGACAGUGAGGCAGUGAAAGGAGAUUACCCUGCGGUGGCCGCCUCCACGCCGGCCGAGGACGGGUACAGCUGGAGGAAGUACGGGCAGAAGCAGGUGAAGCACAGCGAGUACCCGCGGAGCUACUACAAGUGCACGUUCCAAAACUGCCAGGUGAAGAAGAAGGUGGAGCGGUCGCACGAGGGCCACGUCACGGAGAUCAUCUACAAGGGCGGGCAUAACCACCCCAUGCCCGCCGCUGCGAGCCGCCGCCCCGCCGGCGUCCUGCAGCAGGUUCACCCGUUUGGCGACGUGCAGAUGGACGCCGCCGACAACAACAACAAUGGCAACGCUGGUGCGUCCCAGCCGAACGCGGACACGAGGCAGCUGUGGCACAAUGGUGUGGGUGCACAAGACUGGCGUGGCGAUGGGCUGGAGGCGACGUCGUCACCCUCUCUGCCCGGUGAGCUCUGCGACUCGUCGGCUUCGAUGCAGGUCCACGACGGCGCCGCCCGGUACGAGUCCCCCGAGGGUGUGGACGUCACCUCUGCGGUGUCCGACGAGGUGGACGGGGGUGACAGGGUGGCGCACGGCAACAUGUCGCAGGUCCAGGUUGCCGCUGUCGAGGCCGAGGGCGAUGAACUGGAGUCCAAGAGAAGGAAGCUGGAGUCAUGCGCCAUUGAGAUGAGCACCGCGUCCAGAGCCAUCCGCGAGCCUCGGAUCGUGAUCCAGACGACAAGCGAGAUCGACAUCCUCGACGACGGCUAUCGCUGGCGCAAGUACGGGCAGAAGGUCGUCAAGGGCAACCCGAAUCCAAGGAGCUACUACAAGUGCACGCACCCGGGGUGCUCGGUGCGGAAGCACGUGGAGCGCGCGUCGCACGACCUCAAGUCCGUGAUCACCACCUACGAGGGCAAGCACAACCACGAGGUCCCGCUCGCUCGGAACGGCGGCCACGCAAGCUCGCUGGCGGCUUCGGGUGCAUCGCAGCUGAUCCACGCCGGCGGUGCGCGCAGGACGGACCCGACGUUGGUGCAGGACGGCCUGAUGAGGCUGGGCGGCUGCGGCGCGCCUUUCGGCCUGCCUCCGAGGGACCCGCUGGGGCCGAUGAGCAACUUCCCGUACUCGCUCGGCGGGCAUGCGGCGGCGCUCCCGAGCCUGCCGAUGCCGACCGGGCUCGGCACCGUCGAGGGGCUGAAGCUGCCCAUGCUGUCCCCGUCGCUGCACCCGGUCUUCAGGCACCGGCAGGCGAUGGAGACGGCAGGGUUCAGGGUGCCCAAAGGUGAGGUGAAGGACGAGACCGUGCCGAGCAACGUGGCUGGCGGUGGAGGCGGCGGCGGUGGGACGGCGUAUCAGCAGAUGAUGAGCAGGCUGCCCCUGGGGCAUCGGAUGUAG